AUGGCUACAGGGGAUGGAGGAGAAAAGGGGGGGGGGGGGGCUGUGCAUGGCGCGUGCAGAGGGCAGCAGGGCGCACGGGGCGCACAGGGCAGCAGGGCGCACAGGGCAGCAGGGCGCACAGGGCAGCAGGGCAGCAGGGCGCGCGGGGCGCACAGGGCUGCAGGGCGCGCGGGGCGCACAGGGCAGCAGGGCAGUAGGGCGCACAGGGCUGCAGGGCAGCAGGGCGCACGGGGCGCACAGGGCAGCAGGGCGCACAGGGCAGCAGGGCAGCAGGGCGCGCGGGGUGCACAGGGCUGCAGGGCGCGCGGGGCGCACAGGGCAGCAGGGCGCACAGGGCUGCAGGGCAGCAGGGCGCGCGGGGCAAACAGGGCAGCAGGGCGCACAGGGCUGCAGGGCAGCAGGGCGCACAGGGCUGCAGGGCAGCAGGGCGCGCGGGGCGCGCAGGGCUGCAGUGCGCGCAGGGCGCACAGGGCAGCAGGACAGCAGAGCGCGCAGGGCUGCAGGGCGCACGGGGCGCAGCAGGGCUGCAGGGCGCGCGGGGCGCGCAGGGCAGCAGCAAGGGCUGUAGCGGCAACAGCAAGGGCUGUAGCGGCAGCAGCAGGGCAGCAGGGCGCACAGGGCUGCAGGGCAGCAGGGCGCGCGGGGCGCGCAGGGCUGCAGGGCGCGCGGGGUGCACAGGGCUGCAGGGCGCGCGGGGCGCACAGGGCAGCAGGGCAGCAGGGCGCACAGGGCUGCAGGGCAGCAGGGCGCGCGGGGCAAACAGGGCAGCAGGGCGCACAGGGCUGCAAGGCAGCAGGGCGCGCGGGGCGCGCAGGGCUGCAGUGCGCGCAGGGCGCGCAGGGCUGCAGUGCGCGCAGGGCGCGCAGGGCAGCAGGACAGCAGGGCGCGCAGGGCGCGCAGGGCACGCAGGGCGCGCAGGGCUGCAGGGCAGCACAGGGCUGCAGAUCCCCUCCCCCCCACCGCUGCACCCGCAGCAGGGGAAUGGAGGAGAAGUGGGGGGGGGGGGGGGGGGGGGCUGAUGCUGCAACUCCCCUCCCCCCCACUGCUGCUGCAGAUCCCCUCCCCCCCACUGCUGCACCCGCAGCAGGGGGAUGGAGGAGAAGUGGGGGGGGGGGGGGGGGGCUGGGGGGGGGCUGGUGCUACAGAUCCCCUCCUGCCUCCCCCUGA